GAGAGAGAUCCCGAGUUAUUGACACGGAGUGCUCCAGAAACUCCGACGCUUUUGCCCUUUUAGUUCAUUGCAUUGUAUUAUUUAUUUAUUUCGAACUGCAUUGCAGACACGGUUUCUCCAUAAUUGUAACUCUUCAGACUCCUCCGGUCCCCGCUGCCCGGACAGCGCGGCUGACUUUGGCUCGGUGUGUUUCUCGUCUCAAUUACCCGACAAUCUGGAGCCCAGCGCAGAGUGAGCCGGAUCAAUGGGCCCUGGCAGCGUGACCCGGCGGGGCUUUUACUAGAAGCAUCUGGGCAGAAGACGAGCUGAUCGGAGCGAUGAAGGACCGACUGGACCAACUGACUGCUGGUACGUCACUGGCAGAGGAGGAGGUCAUGGUGGCAGUGGACAAAGACGGCUUCAUGGAGAGCUUUUUCAGAAGGGUGGAAGAAGUCAGAGGACUCAUCGAUAAGAUCUCCUACCAAGUGGAGGAGGUGAGGAAGAUGCACAGCAUGAUCCUGACUGCACCCAACACAGAUGACAGGACAAAGGACCGGCUUGAUGCACUGACCAACGACAUCAAGGGCAAUGCCAACGUGGUGCGAACAAAACUCAAAUCCAUGGAGCACAGCAUGCCCAAAGACGAUGCCGCCAACAGGUCCUCGGUUGACUUCAGGAUCCAGAAAACGCAGCACACUGUGCUGUCCAGGAAGUUUGUGGAGGUCAUGACCCAGUACAACGAGACCCAGGUGUCCUUUCGGGAAAGAAGCAAAGGAAGGAUCCAGAGACAGCUGGAGAUAACUGGACGAGUGACCACCGAUGAAGAACUAGAGGGCAUGUUAGAAAGUGGAAAUCCAUCUAUCUUCACAUCUGAUAUCAUUUCUGAUUCCCAGAUCACACGUCAGGCCCUGAGUGAGAUCGAGUCCCGACAUCAGGACAUCAUACGUCUGGAGUCGAGCAUCAGAGAGCUUCACGCCAUGUUCAUGGACAUGGCAAUGUUGGUAGAAACUCAGGGCGAAAUGGUAAACAACAUUGAGAAGAACGUCUCCAAUGCGGCCGAAUACAUUUGUAGCGCAAAGGAAGAGACCAAAAAAGCAGUGAGAUACCAGAAGAAAUCCCGGAGGAAAUACAUUAUCCUUGCCUUUGCUCUGUUGAUCCUGCUUGCUGUCAUUGCACUAAUUGUCGGCCUGUCUGUUGGACUAACCAAGCCCCCUGUAUGAGAACUACUGUGACUGCAGCGUGAGAAACUCCUGGGCCUUAUCAUGUGUGUGGCGGCAGGUUUACUCCUUUUACUCAUCAUUAUAGUCGGAGUCUUUGAGUAGUGAGUCACACCCUGGCAGCAGUCCGCAGUAGAGACGAAAACAAAGAACGGCUUCACAAUACGACGACAAUAAGUCGUUCACCACCCAUGAACGUGACGGAGGGGAGCUCUCCACCGCACUGGAGUAAGUAGAAUGUGUGGGAUCCACUUUGCACCAGUAACGCCAGAACUCAUGAUGAACCGUCCUGGAGCAGGUCCGUGCGGUCCAGCUGCAGCAAAGCGUCCUGUCAGCACACUUUGCUUUUUGCUUAGCGGCCGUAUAAUGAACAUUCAUUUUUCAAACUGGUAUGCGUUCCGUAUUGAAGAACAUUUUUUCAUAUAAAAGGCAGGGUUGGUAGUCUUCGUGAAAAACAUCUUAGAUAUUUCUGUUGAAAUGGUCAUUAGAAAACAACAAUCACAUUAUGCACAUAACACGACACAAUGUGAAAAAAAAAUGUUAUAAAACUAGUAUCAUGGCAACAGCCAUGUUCACUUUGUCACAUUGUUCAUAGUUAGAUACUGUUGGAUACGUUUUUUAUUUUGACUACAUCUGCUGGUUUCUUAGGAUUACCAACCUUACCUUUAAGUAUCCUUCGCCGAUAUUUCUUUGUCAAAGAAUUUCAAAAUACGUUUUGGGAAAUAAACAUAAUUGUCUUUUUGCCAAAAGUUAGAUGAGAAGACUGAUUACCUCUCAUGUCUGUACCUGCCGCAGCUGUUAGCUUAGCUUAGCAUAACGACUGGACACAAAAAGAUUUAGCCAAUAAGGGAUGUUAAUGGUUUAGAGAGGGGGUUGUUUGCCAAACUAUUUCUAGACCCGUCGCGUUGGCUUCCUGCAGUCUUGUUGUCAGUGUGAAGUUGCCGGGCGACCAGCGGAGUCUCAAGGAGGCCACUUCUCCGGCAACACGGGCCGUGGAAAAUCCACAAUGUGUGUGACGUUUGUGAAACAAAGAACAUGCGUUGUGGUCGUCUGAGAGCUUUAAGGAUGAUUUUGGUACCUUUUGGUAAAGCCACGCUAUUAUUUCCCAGUUUGUGGCUGCAGUUUGUAUUUGGCGUACAGGAAUGGGAGUCAUAUCCAUAAUCUCACUUUACUCUUGACAUGAAACACAAAUAAUAGCAUAAUUUGUGUUUUGAUGUUUUGAGAUGGGCUCCUCAUUUUCUCUUUUCUUUUCAUGCAUUUACUGCAAUUCAUGUGGAUUAAAUGUAAAACUACUACAGCUCAGGACUUGCUUAGAAAUGGAAAAUUAAAAAAAAGAUAUUCUCUGUAUCAUUUCUAGUUAGCUGUGUUUCAAUCAGCUGAAAUAUUUUCAGAUCAAUCAAAUAUAAUUGUCUCAUUCAAUAACUCAAAAUACGACUGCGUUAUAAAAGUUCAUUGUUGAUGUGUAAUAUGAAACCUUAAUUUAUUGACUGAGAAUUGUGUGAUGACCGAAAUAUUUAUUGUGAAAAGAGCUCUACAUUGUAGGACUCUUGGAUUAUGAUAUUUCAAGAGCACAAAUUUUAAUUUUGAUACAUUUUAUUUUCAUCAGUUAUAUAUUGUAUUUCAUAUUGAGACAAUAAUUAAGUAAUGUAAAUAAAGAAUAAAGACUUUGGAGAGUG